AUGGAUAUAUGUAAACUGCCAGGACGUUUUCUCUCAGCCAGUCCCCUUCAAUUUAACCAUCGUUUAAGAAAAUUAGCUAGAAUCCCAAAGUUUUUAAUUUAUGCAAAUGCGGUUAGCUGUUACAAAUCGGAAAGGACGGACCAAGAUUUUCAGAAUCCGAUGUUUAUUCUUGGUAUGGGUUUUGUCGGACAAUUCUUUGCUCAGGAGCUACUCAAUGAAGGCUGGAUUGUUUCUGGGACUUGCACAAGCAUGAAGAAGAGAAGGGAGCUUGAGAAAAGAGGAUUUGAUGUUCACCUUUUCGAUGCAAAUGAGCCAGAGAUCAGUACCUUGAAUACAUUGAAAUGCUAUACACAUCUUCUUGUCUCAAUUCCUCCUGUUGUGGGUCUUGGUGAUCCGAUGCUUCAACAUGGAGAACUUUUAAGAACUAUGCUGAUGGGGGGCAAUCUUCAGUGGCUCUCUUAUUUGUCAUCAACUAGUGUAUAUGGAGAUUGUGGUGGUGCAUAUGUUGAUGAGGAUUACCCCGCAAGCCCAACAAAUGAGUUGGCUAAAUUGAGGUUAGGUGCUGAGCAAGGAUGGUUGAAUCUUGCCCAUGAUAUUGGGAUCACAGCACAAGUAUUUCGACUUGGAGGUAUCUAUGGCCCUGGUAGAAGUGCUGUUGACACAAUAAUUAAGCAGGAACCUUUAUCAGAAUCUCAAAAACGGAGAAUAUCCAAACAAUUCACAUCCAGAGUUCAUGUUGCGGACAUUUGUCAAGCACUUAAGGCCAGUAUUCACAUGCCAUCCUCUGGGAGAAUUUACAAUAUUGUAGAUGAUGAUCCAGCAUCCCGGAAAGAGGUAUUUGCUUAUGCCUUGGAUUUGGUUGAGAAAAAGUGGCCUGCCCUAAUCAAGGGAAUCACUGCUCCUGAGAGAGCUGAAUCAUUUUUUCAUAAGGCAACUUCAAGAGGUGAGAAACGAGUUUCCAAUGCACGUAUGAAGAAGGAACUGGCAGUGCAGCUUCUUUAUCCAAGUUAUAGAUCUGGAUUGCAAAGCAUAAUUGACCAGAUGGAAAUCCUAUUGUAGUAAUGCUAACCGCUAG